GCUUCUAAAGGGGUUGUAUUUUGCUUUUCACAUGAAAUGCGGGCGGAGUUUCUCCAGUGUGAGAGCUCAGUAGAGCUGCUGCAGGGCCACUGCUGGGACUCCAUUCAUUACUUCACAUUCACUUCUAACCAGCACUGUGUGAGAAGACACGUUUGUGCAAUGCCCAAGAAAAGAUAUUUGAUCGCUUUAAUUCAAGGCCAUUCAGUGGUCGAGAGAGACUGAACAACUGUAUUUUGGGUGGUUUGUGAGAGGAAUGCUUAUGUGUUUAUAUACAGGAACGGAUCUCAAUAAUACGGGUAACAGACGCGAUACAAUGAUCGUUUCAUCAAAUACAUUCUGAAUUGCGUCUAAUCGCUGGUGCUGAGGAUACUGCAUCGGUUUUCCCCCAGCUAGCAAGGAGAAACGGGGUCAAAAUGGGAAACAAUUUCUCCAACAUAUCCUCGUUUCAGUCUCUCCAUAUAGUGAUGCUCGGCUUGGACUCCGCAGGAAAGACCACUGUUCUCUACAGACUGAAAUUUAACGAGUUUGUCAACACCGUGCCCACAAUAGGAUUCAACACGGAAAAGAUCAAGCUGAGUAACGGCACAGCCAAAGGAAUAAGUUGUCAUUUUUGGGACGUUGGUGGUCAGGAGAAACUCCGGCCAUUGUGGAAAUCUUACAGUAGGUGCACGGAUGGUAUUAUUUAUGUCGUGGACUCGGUAGACGUGGAUCGAUUGGAAGAAGCAAAGACAGAGCUGCAUAAAGUUACCAAAUUCGCUGAAAACCAAGGAACGCCACUGUUAGUCAUUGCCAAUAAACAGGACCUGCCCAAAUCUCUGCCUGUGGCGGAUAUAGAGAAGCAACUGGCACUCCAGGAGCUCACGCCUGCCACUACAUACCACAUCCAACCAGCCUGUGCCAUCAUUGGCGAGGGGCUUCAUGAGGGCAUGGACAAACUGUACGAAAUGAUAGUCAAACGACGAAAGACCAUCAAACAAAAAAAGAAGCGAUAACCAAGUACUGGUUGUAAAAGCCUGAACAUGCCUUUUCCAUUGCUGAUGCCCACUAAGUUUGCCAAUGCAAUGAUGCACUGUUGACAUUCAUUUGGAUGGUUAUUUGUUCUCAAGCUGGAUUUAUAUCAGACAUUUCUGAUGAUGUUACGUUUGUGAAAAUUUUGCAUGUGAACUUGAUGGCGUAUGUGAUUUUAACAGCGAACCAAAAUAAUGGAUUUGUUCAAUUAAAGGGCUGGUCCCGGUUAAGAUGCCAUUAAUACGCAUGGCCUGGUCAACAGUUUGAAGGAGCUCUCUUCCUAAGCACUGUGAAAAACCCUGUAACAUUGUGUCAUGGAGUGCUUGAUAUCUUUCAAUGACUUUUAUUGAACAUAGAAUCUUCUGAAGUUCUGAAGAACAUUUUAUGGAGAACUGUAGCUUCAUAAUCCCAGAAUAAAUUUGGGUUUUCAGGAUCUUCAAAACUGUAACUUCACAGGCCUGAGUGAGUAUUGGGCCUCAUGAAGAUGUCUAGACUUACGGAAACUAUGAAGAAGACAAGUGACGGACAUGGCAUCACCUGCAACACGGUCCACCUCAAAGCACUUUUUUUCUUACCAAGAUAUUAGUGUACAACACUGUAGAAGAUAUAUUAGACUGUCAGUGUAUUACAGAGUGAAGAUGAAUCCUGAAGUAUUUUUUAAAAUAAAAAGUGUGGUAAAGGAAUAACAUUGUGUUUUCUCUAUGGUUAUUAUCAGAGUACUCUGAGGUUAAUAUUUAAAAGACCUAAAAAAUAUUUUAUUUGACUUUUUCCAAGCAAACAAAUGGUUCUAUGGAACUGACAUUACUUGUAUCUGCCCAAAUCCGUCACAGCUCAUAUUGGCU